UCUUUUUAUAUAAUAAUCCAGGAAAGAGAAAAGGAGAGAGAUCUGAGCUGUGUGUAUGAGUUACUCUGGACAACAACAAGAACAAGAGUAACAUGCUCUGAAGAUAUAUAUACAUGCACUUAUCAUCACAUAAAAGAUCUUCUUCAAACAAUACCCACCAGCUAUUUGGAUCCAUUUAUCCCCUUUAGAUUUAGGGCCAAUUUGAUUCUAGCUUCAGAAGUGAUUAAGUUACAAGAUUUUUAGGGUUUUUCACAAUGUGGGCUAAAAUUAGGUUAUAAAUAGUAAAGUUUUAAGCUUUUUGGGUAAUUAAGAACAUAGAGAGUUAAUGGAAGAUUUUUCAAAGUAUUCCCAUAGUCCGGCUCAUUUAGCCGUUGUCCAACGAGACCAUGCCGGUCUUAAGAAGCUUAUUGCUGGACUUCCGAGGUUAGCUAAGGCCGGUACGGUUAAUAGUGAGGCUGAGUCAGUAGCUGCUGAGUUAGAUGCUGAUGCUGUUUCAGCUGUGAUUGACCGGAGAGAUGUUCCGGGUAGGGAAACACCUCUGCAUCUUGCGGUUCGUAUGAAGGAUGCAGUGUCUGCGGAUAUUUUAAUGGCGGCUGGUGCUGAUUGGAGUCUUCAGAAUGAGCAUGGAUGGAGUGCUCUUCAAGAAGCUGUUUGUAAUAGAGAAGAGAAUAUUGCUAUGAUUAUUGCUCGACAUUAUCAGCCACUUGCGUGGGCUAAAUGGUGUCGUAGGCUUCCACGUAUUGUGGCUUCUGCUAAUAGGAUUCGUGAUUUUUAUAUGGAGAUAACUUUUCAUUUUGAGAGUUCGGUUAUUCCGUUUAUUGGAAGGAUUGCUCCUUCGGAUACUUAUAGGAUUUGGAAACGUGGGUCGAAUUUAAGGGCUGAUAUGACACUUGCGGGGUUUGAUGGGUUCAGAAUUCAACGGUCGGAUCAAACUUUUAUGUUUCUUGGAGAUGGGUAUUCACGUGAUGAUGGUAGUGUUUGUUUGCCUCCAGGUUCUUUAAUUGUUCUUUCUCAUAAAGAGAAAGAGAUAACAAAUGCUUUAGAAGGAGCUGGGGCGCAACCAUCAGAAGCCGAAGUUGCACAUGAAGUAGCGUUGAUGUCUCAAACUAACAUGUACAGGCCCGGAAUUGAUGUGACUCAGGCCGAGCUCGUGCCUCAUUUGAACUGGAGACGACAAGAGAGGACAGAACCCGUGGGACCAUGGAAAAGUAAGGUGUAUGAUAUGCUUCAUGUGAUGGUGAGCGUGAAAUCAAGACGAGUCCCUGGUGCUAUGACGGAUGAGGAGUUGUUCUCUAAUGAAAGGGGAGUGGAAAAUGGAGGUGACAAUGAACAUGAUGAGUAUGAUGAUGUUUUGACACCCGAAGAAAAGAUCCAAUUAAAUUCAGCACUUAAAAUGGAAAAUUCUGAAAAUGUUUGCGAAGAUGAAGAACAGAUGAACCAUGAAAAUAGUGACUCAGGUUCACUAGAAAAUUCUGAAUCCAACAGUAAAGAUAAAAAAAGUUGGUUUGGUUGGAACAAAAAAGGUUCAAAAAGUGGUGGCAAUGAUCCCGAGGAUUCCAAGAUUCUAAAGAAGUUCUCGAAACUUAAUGAAACUCCUGCUGAGGAGAGUGGUGACUCCAAGAAAGGGAAAGAUAAGAGUCUGAAGAAGAAGAAAAAGAAAGGAUCCUCAAUGGAUGCCAAACACGAAAGUGAAUACAAGAAAGGGUUGAGACCGGUUCUUUGGUUGACACCUGAUUUUCCUUUGAAAACAGAGGAGCUUGUGCCGUUACUUGACAUCUUAGCCAAUAAGGUUAAGGCCAUUAGGAGAUUAAGAGAGCUUCUAACCACCAAACUACCAAGCGGCACGUUCCCUGUCAAGAUUGCGAUUCCUAUCGUGCCAACGAUCAGAGUUUUAGUAACAUUUACAAAAUUCGAGGAACUACAAGCUUCAUCAGAAGAAUUUUCAACGCCACUUUCUAGCCCAGCUCAUUUCCAAGAUUCAAAAUCUAAAGAAUCUGAAGGAUCGACUUCAUGGAUCUCAUGGAUGAAAGGGAACCGUGGUGACCAAUCAAGUGACAACGAGGGUCGUAGCUUCAGGGACGAGAUGGACCCGUUUAACAUUCCGUCCGACUACACAUGGGUUGAUGCCAAUGAGAAGAAACGCAGAAUGAAGGCCAAGAAAGCCAAGAUCAGGAAACACAAGAAGCAAUCUGCAGCAUCAACGGCAGCUAGAAGCAGUGAAAAUGGUGUAAGGCAGUCGAGUGAAGAUUUGGAGUGAUUGUUGGUGGAUUUUGUUCUUGGAUUCAGGUAAGUCCCGGAUCUAAUAUGUGUGAUAAAAUUGAUUUUUAGGGUUCUUGCUCGAUUGAAUGUCAUAUGCAACUUUGUUGAAUGUCAUAUGCAAUCGUUUUUUCCUUAUAAUGGUUUGUUCCAGUGGUUUUGGUAGUUCUCUCAGGAACAGCGUCAACAUGGUGUAUCAAUGUUUUAAUUAUUUAUUAUUGCUUUAAGUUUAA